AUGCGCACUCUCUCGAUAAGCAAGGGAAAGACUGCCACCGCUAGCCCAUCUGUGCUUGGAGUACCCGUCGCUGUACCCAUCGGCCAGCCCAUCGACGAGAUGCCCCCUCCAUUAAAGAAACGUCGUCGUCGUCAAAGCUCAACAAUCCAAGCUAAGGCGAAGGAGGAACCAGGAGAAGAAGAUGCCGAGAUCGCUGAUCGACUCUCAGUCCCAACCCAGCCAGAAAAGAAGAUCAAAGAGGCAAACACCCUGUCGCAAGGAAUAGGAGGGCCCUACAUUCACAGUCUGUGCGGCAAGGGAUUUUCCGGCAGGUCAAAGGUCAAGAAACACCACUGGGGUAAGAAGCUUGAUGAUCUGGAGACAACUAGCGGUUGUUGGGCGAAGAACAACAAGCCAGACGUGAGCUGGAACGAGCAUCCGAGCUGCAGAGAGGGCGUGGCGCAACGAAAGCCUUCAUCGGCGGUUCUGAAACCGAGUACGUUGACCCAAGAAGCCCCAUUGGUGCCUUCGAUGGUACCUACCUCUGAAGACCGCAACCAUUCUUUUGCCGACACUUCGCGGCUCCGCCAAGAGAUUGAGCAGCCUAUCGAAAACAGGAGCUCUUAUCAUUCUCAUCGGCUGCCUGCCCGAUCAAGUUUCGACGACCUGCUCACUGCUGUCAACGUCGCAUCCGAGAUCGACGCGCCACGACCACAAGGACGCAUCGACUCAGUGGUCUCUCAUCUCGAUGCUCAGGCAGCCGCUGCUGAACAGAACAGGCAGUACAUCACCAACUGGCAGAACGCUUCAGAUGAUCGUCGUGAGGAGUCUCUUGCAUACGGUCGCCAGUACCCAUACACUACACAGGGACUUGGCCUUCGAGGUGUUCACGUGCCAGUACACAUGGCUUUGCCGGUUCUUGAUGGAUCGUAUCAGUACCCUCCUCCCUCACGUUCCUUCGCCGAUUCACACUGGAAUGACGGCAACGAGUUGGAGUUCGACGGAUCAAGGCGACAGUAUGCGGCUCUCGGAUCGCCGUUCUCACCUGGUGCAAAUGCGGAAUACCGUUAG